AUGCCUAAAGAAUUAUUUAUUACAGAUGACGAGCGCGUCAAGCUGCCAGUCGGAAAAAGGCUCCUACCCCAAGGAAAUCCUUUUUUCGUUGGCGCCAGUGUCGAUAGAACCCCGCCCCCUUCCUCCACACAAGGCUCAAACGCCCUAAAGAAGAUUGAUAAAACACUGGCAGAUCGACUACACCGACUGGACCAGCGUUCACUGCUGACGGGAGCGGUGUCAAGCGACAUGGAUGCUGCCCAUAUUCUAAAAGCUGUGAGGGACGAUGAAAACUUGAAAAAGGAAGUCGAACGCAUCCUUAACAGACAGUGCAUUCUCGGCAGCGACGGCGGCGAAUUCGAGCUUGAUGGGGUGCAGAACGUCUUUUUAGUUGAAGCCAACUUUCACCGGAUGUACGACUUGCGCAAUGGAUUUGCCAUUGUCCCGAUCACCUCUCAACUGUAA